AUGGACGGUGCCCGUUCCCUGGUGGCCGGUUUCUCUGGCUCCGAGUCUCUAGUUCAUAGCAGAGACAAAGCACUGAGCUCGCCGUCUUUACUUUCUGCCCUUGCGACGACGUCCGCACCUCACAUUAGUCUCUUCUCAUGCUUUCGCCCUCAACAAUGCCUCACUGGCACCAUUUACCCCCUGGACAAAGCAUCUUGCUCGAAUCAACGUUACGAACUAUCUCCGCUGGUGCUGGUCCACCAUCUCGCUCUCUUCCACCUCUUCGACUAUAACCCUAACCCUAACCCUCGCCACCUGCGGUCUCCCACCUCUUUGACGAUCACCGGUCACCGCUGUUCAUCGACAUCGCUAGAGCCUAAUCGUCGAUCGGGGGUAAAGUGA